AUGAACUUCCGUGUCCUGGCACUAUUACUGCUACUGGCAGUAUCAUUCGCCCUCGCCGAGUUCCUUCACAUCUGCCACCGUAUGGUCAGCAACUGGCCAUACCAGCAUCCACGGAGAUGGCCUGCUCGUCCCAGCACGAGAUGGUCUUAUGAUCAGAAACCGGACUGGCUUUCACAAUCUCCACCAAGCCAGUCUUUCAAGCCUAAGCCGAAGAGGAAACCAAUCAAGCUCAAGAAUGAGAAAAUUGUCUUCAAAGUGAAGUUCUGGGAGCUGAAAUGGCUGCUGAUGAUCGAUCCGGACCUCAAGAAAGGACUCAAAGGAUAUGGUAUCGAAAAGCAGGCAACUCAUGAAGAGGUUAUGGCAAUUCGAAAAUCCAUCGAGAAGUAUCGUGCUUGCGAAAAGCGUAAGACGCGGCCAGGGUACAGACCGAGCGAAUGUCUGCCUGAGAAGACGACCCUCACGACUUCAACUUCCAUGGCGAAGGCGACGCCAGAGACGACUAGAGAUAGCGACAACAGCGAGGCUCCUGCAACGACCUUGCCUCAGGUGGCUGCCAUGGCCACAAAGACAGAGGCAGUUUCCACAGUUCCCGUAGCGACUGUUCGUGCCUUCGAUCAGGUCCGGGAGACACGGCAGGCGGAGGCCGGUCAAAGUGGAGACGACAGGUCUAAAGAUAAUUGA